GGUGAUAUCCAAGGGACCAGGCGGAUAGCCUAUAUUUAGCAUCACUUGAUGGAUUCAAUAACAAUAAUCAUCUGUCAUGUAAAAAUAAAAUUAAGAGAAAAAUGCACAGGGGUUCAAGAAUUAACAGUUUAAUUUGAAAUCCGUAAAUUAUAGAAAUACUACCGAAUAAAGCAACAAUAAUCGAAUGGCUCUGCACGCGACCUACUCAAAAAAAAAAAAAACUGGAUUCCAAUCCAAAUUAGUGUCUAAUUUUUUUACUAAUUUAGCUCAGAAAAUAAACAUAAUAGUAAUAACGAUAAUUACAUUAAUAUCUUACAGAUGGAAUGCCACUGUAAUUCUUCUCUGGGUCAUUGUCCCUCGGCACACUGGAGCAGAACAGUGUUGUUCCCUGAAUGGGCAUAUAAACCAGCUUGGUCUCCUGGUUCCCGGCAGGUGCAAUUAUGGCACUUCCUAUUAGAGCUGCUGGGGCGUGGUGAGGGCGGAGCUAUCGCAUGGGGCAGCGAGUGGGGGGAGUUUGUGAUCAGAGAUCCCGAGAGAUUGGCUAAACUGUGGGGGGAGAGGAAGGGCAAGCCGCACAUGAAUUACGACAAACUCAGUAGAGCUUUAAGGUAUUACUAUAAAAAGCGAAUUUUGCACAAGACCAAAGGUAAACGUUUUACCUACAAGUUUAACUUCAGUAAACUAAUCUUAGUGAAUUAUCCAAGUCUUCCAACCUGCCCACAGAUUACAGCACCUGUCCCGUUCUCCAUGUUGUCCUCUCAUUUGUCAGUCAAUAAGCCUUCUGUUGACAUGGCUGUGCAGUCAAUUUCUCAUCCCCUUCUGCUCCCCUACUGCAUCCCAAAACCUCUCCUCUUUCCCCAGGCACAUCCAAUCCAGAGGCAGUUUCCCCUUUUUUCUGGGCCAUCUCACUCAGGGACUAACCUAUCAGAGUUCUCCUGCCUGUCACCGGUCAACCCCACCAUACAAUUUACCCAAACCUUCAAUCACUGGCCAAUUAAAAGUAGCACAGGGUGGCCUCACAACAGAAUCAUUGAAUCACGACAAGACAGAGGCAAGGCAAUGACCAAAAAUGCAUGUCCUGAGACCACUUAGCUGAAGAAAACUAUGUUUUAUUAUUAUUAUUGGUGGUAUUUUUGUUCUUGAGUUCUUUUUGGCAGGUUGACCGUAGAGCACAUUAUAUGUUUGACACUGUUUAACAUAAAGAGAUUAACUAAUAAAUAUACCUGAAAAAUAUUUUUUGAACAAUAAAUGAGCAAU